AUGUCGCUGAUGUCCCCCGCGGGGGGGGCGGCCGCCCCCCGCCUGCUGCUGCCGGGGGGUGAGCAGGGCUCCGCCAGCCCCCCGGAGGAAGCGGGGGCCUGGGGGGGCCGCGCUGGCCGCGGGGUGACGACCCCCGGCCCGGGGCGCCCCCGGGACAAGCAGCUGGAGCUGGACAUCGCCAUCGACCUGAGCGCGGGGCUGGACCCCCGCCCGGGGGGCUCGGGGGCGGCCGUGCCCCCCACCAGCCUCCUGGGGGGCCCCCCCGGCCGCCCCCGCCGCCUGCCGGGGCUCUCGGAGCUGGCCGGGAGACUCAGCGCCGCCGGUGAGUGCUCGCGCCGGCGGCUGCGGGGGGGGCUCCUGGCCGUGUCGGGCUUCGCCCGCGCCUUCCCCCUGUUCUUCGACCCCUACGAGCUGGGGGGGCGGCUGCCGCCCCCCGCCGCCCGCGCGCUGUUCGAGCUGCCGUUCCCGUGCCUGGGCUGGGGGCUGCCGCUCGCCCCCCCCGCCGCGGUGCCGCUGGCGCUGGGGGUCCUGCACCUGGGGGCGGCGCUGGGGGCCGUGGGGGCGGUGGCGGCGCUGGGGGGGCCGGGGGCGCUGCUGCUGCUGCCCCGGGCUCUGUUCGCGGCUCUGGCGGCCGGGCUGGCGCUGGGGGGGCUGGGGGGGCUGCGGCGCUGCGGGGGGGGCGGGGGGCGCGGCAAGCGCGGGGCGGGGGGGGCGCGGGCGGGGGUCCCGCGGUUCGUGGGGGCGCUGGGGGCGGUGCUGAGCGCGGGGCUGCAGCUUUUCGGGGCGCUGCAGGCCUGGGGGUGGGCGGUGACCCCCCCCCCGGGGCCCUGGGUCUGGUGGGGGCUCCAGCUCGGGGGGCGCCUGGCCGAGCUCGCCAUGGGGGGGGCGCUGGCGGCUCUGGCGCCCUGGGGGCGCCGGGAAUGUUCCGCACCGGGAUCGCCGGGAUCACCGGGAUCACCGGGAUCGCCGGGAUCACCGGGAGCGCCGGGAGCGCCGGGAACGCCCGGAUCGGCGGCACCGGCAACACCGGCGGCGCUGGGAAUAGCGGGAAAAGCAAGAGCAACGGGAUCAGCCACAGCCGGAACACCUGGCACACCUGGGACAGCCAACGCACCUGGCACAGCUGGAGCAACCGGCAGAACUGGAACAGCUGGAACACCUGGCACAUGCUCUGAGCAGCAGCUCCGCGCUCUCUUCAGCCCCUUCGGGUCCGUCCUGGAGCUGAACCUGCCCCGCAAGCCUGACGGGACCCCGAGGGGCUUCGCCUUCGUCCAGCUCCGGAACCUGCGGGAGGCGGCGGCGGCGCUGCGGGGGCUGAACGGGGCCGAGCUGCGAGGGCGGCCGCUGGCCGUGGACUGGGCCGUGGCCAAGGACAAAUACCAGGGGACACAGGGACCCCCAAAAACACCUG